GAUUUUAUAUUUAUUGAUUUUGGUGCAUUUAAAUGAAAUUCAAAUUGAUUUUGUAAUUUAAUACACUUAAUAUUUAUUCAAUAUUUAAUAAAAUUAAAUUUUUGAAAAUGAAAAUUUGAAAUGAGUUACAAAAUUGGAAGUUACUAUAUAUCGAAUUCGUAAGCGUUAUUAUACUAUAUAGAUUUCGUGUGAUCGAAAUCGUUCAUUUUUGGGGUCGGAGCAAACGAUGUCGUUCUGCUCAUCUCUGCUGUCAUUCAACGCCUCCAAACCACUUAGCCUACGCUUUCGAGCCUGCGCCGCCGACGUACCGGAUUUCUUCUCCGCCGACUGGCUCGAGUCUCGUAGGAAAAGACCUUUCGGUCCGAGAUUGAGUUUUAGUGCAGACGAGGCUGUUAGAUACCAAUUAGAUGCAUUGAUGUUCAAUGACCAACCUCGGCCCGAUUAUGGCAUUGAAGUUAUGUAUAGGUUUGCAGGAUUUGAUCCCUUCGAAAGAUCUACCUAUUUCGGGCCCUUCUUUGACUUAGGUCAGUUUGAGAGAUUUAGGCGGAUAUUUCACCAUUCAAGCUACAGAGUUCUACUUGGCCACCGGGAAAGAAAGAUCUUGAGCAGUUUAAAUGUUGAUGAGAAUUGCUUUAAGCAGAGAGUGUGGAUUCGAGGAGCUCGACCUGAAGAAGAAGAAGUAUUCCAGUUUACUAUGAUUCAGAGAGUCGGUGGCUCCUGGGAUGGUUAUUGGCUGACCGAGUCGGUACUUCACGACGGAGAUAGCUUCUCCGGUGGCGUCGCAUAUUAAGCCGGCCAGCUCUGAAGAUGGCUGACCACAUGUAAAUUUAACUUUGUUGGGUAUAUAUUAUUCACAUUUGCUGUUGAAACAUUAAUUAUUGUGUAAUUUGUAAUUAGGAUGUAUAUAUAUAGCAAUCAGAUUCAUAAUUAGGAAGCUGAUCUAUUUGUACAGAUAUUUGUGGUUUUUGGCAUAGAAUCUUGCCAUGAAUCAAAUCUAGUUUGAUUUUGAAA